UCCCACUCUCGUUCCGGCGGAUCCCUUCCGGCCAUAAGGGCGAUUGCCUGCAUGCAGCAGGUAAACUUACCGGCCGUCAAACUACGUGCUGUAGUAAGCUGUAGGGCAUUCUCUGCGCAGAAAACAUGAAUGAAGACAGCGCUAAUAAUUAGUCAAAAAGUUCAGCCUUCAAUCCCCAAACCUAAAGCGCAUGGUAGGAUAUAUGUUGCAAGAUGUGUGGGGAUUCAUUGUGAAGCCCUCAUCAGUGGUUGCUCAACUCGCUCCCACAGUAGAACACCCUGAUUGAGCUCGAGCCUUCAAGCGAAAGAUAACAAAGAGCCAUAGCUUCUUCCAAAUCUUCUGACGCCUUGGUCUGUGAAACCACUACCACUAAAUGGCGGCCCCGGCAGCAGCUGGAACUGGUCGCAAUGCUCAAGGUACUCAUGAUAUUGAGUCUGGCUUUACUUCCAAGAUGUCCGAGGGUACCAAAGUGUGCUUAAGCAGCGCGGGGAUAUGCACUUUCCUAAUUGGCUGCUUCCUGAUGAUCAUCCUGCUCCCACUAAGCUUCGUCACACUAGACUACACAGAGUAUGGCCUGGCUCAGAGGCGCUCCAGCGGCAAAGUCUACCUGGAUAAAGGCGUCUACUACGGCGGGCGCCACUUCCUGGGACCGGACUUUGUUUUCCGACGCUUCCCCGCGGACGCUCAGUUUGUCCAGCUGGUUCAGAUUGACGCCGUGUCUGCAGACAAGCUCGACACCAUCAUCGAUGUCGAGUUUGCUUACUUUCUCGUCAGAGACGAGAUAAUCGCGCUCAAACUGGAGUUAGACCAAAGUUACGACCAGGUUAUCAGUAACACGGCCUUGGCUGCGAUCAAAAACACAGCCGUUACAUUUAACACCGCCGAUUACUUUCUGAACCGAACCCUGAUUGAGGCCAGCUUCUAUGCCGCAGUUACCAGCUCGGUUAGGCAGUACCACGCAGUCGUCCCGUACAUAUUCCUCUCUGCGGUUACAAUACCCAGUCAGGUUAGCGGAAAGCAGUUAGCGACCGCCAUCCAAUUACAGAACAACGCGCAGCAGAUUUAUACCAGUCAGGCGGCUGUCAUCCGAGCAACGACUAAUCAACUCGUUAACCAAAUCGAGAAUAACGCGACGCUCUUGAUUCAGACAGCGUCGGCGCAGGCUGCACAGGUUGUGCAGAACGCGCACACGAACGCGACGAACACCGUUCAGGAGGCGAGGCGGUCUGGUUUGGCGUACUACUACUCGACGGUUAACAUAACCCUGCCGAAGCACAAGGCGUCGCUGGACUACAUUACCACGCUGCAACAGGCGGGACAGGCGGCGCUACACAUUGGUUACCAAACGAGGUUCAUAAGCACAGGAGGUUCCGCGCCAGUUCCCUAGAUUUACGGCUGGCUUGCCAGUGCUUGGUCUGUAAGUAUCGGUGUUAGCUGAAAGUCAGUUAGGAUAGGCUUGAGGACGCCAAUCAGAGCAACAGUUAGAUGCUCAGCCGUACAAUUAGACUAGAGUGGGCCCAUUGAGAACUCAAUUCGAGACGUCAUCUUGUAUACAACUCAAAGUAGGUUUCAAAGUGGAAUGACCAUCUUUCAGUGAUGUGUACAGGACGACAGUGUCUCAGGCUUUGUUCACUUGGCAGGUCGAACUUCGUGUAAUAUAUUGUCAGAGCACGCAUGGAUACAGACUGUUACGAGCCUCUCACGUCAUGCUUCGCGCUAACGUUGUGAGGCGGCCCUAGC